AUGAUCCAACCACAGCCUAUGCGGAAACGCGGUUUUCUAGUCCUCUCCAUCACUUCGAUUCGCACACUGGCAGGAGUCCGAAUAGGGCAUUGUCUGACGAGGUCAAGCUGGGAAUCGGGCACUCCUUUACCGGUCAGAAUUGCCCAAUUGAGCUCCGGAUGGGUCCGCCGAGAACCGGCCCCAUACGGAGAUGCUCGCCGUCACAGAAUCUCUCCCCCUCCAGCUGAUCGCCUGGGGAAACAUCUUGACUUAUGA